UUUUCUCAGUUUUUUAAAAUUUUUUGCCAAUUUGUCAAUUUGUGAGUGAGAGGAGCUACGUAAAAUGGAGGUUCUGAUUUCUGAACCAAAAGUUUACGGUCAGACCCGGCCAGGGCUCGGAUCCGAACUGAAACGAAUUUCCACUCCUCUAGAACCAGAACAAAACUGGACCGAUGGAUUGUCCGGUUCAAAUGGCAGCAAGAACGGAUGCGACUCUGCUAACGAUUGUCCGAUUGAAAGCGGAAGGCCGAAAUUAUUCGAAAAGCGAUAGCAAUAACCAAAAAGACAGUGAUGGUUUUCCAUUGCCAAUCGGAGGGACCCCUAAAAACACUUCUUUGCCAUGCCUUUCUCUCACCAAGCCAUCUUGGGUGGUGCGAACUGAGUCUAAUGUCCGGAAAGAAAUAAGGAAGAGGCCUAAUCCGCCAUGUGUGGUUUGCAAGGGGACUGGAAGAGUUGAUUGUCAUUAUUGUUUUGGAAAGGGCAGGACAAAUUUUGUUCAUUUAGCAAUGCUUCCCAAAGGGGAGUGGCCAAAAUGGUGUAGGACUUGUGGUGGCAGUGGCCUUGGCUAUUGCUCUCGUUGUCUAGGCACAGGAGAGUAUAGAUAUAUAAUGGGCUUCCACUUCAUGAAUAGAGAUUCCAAUGAUAAGGGACCUCGAAGUGCAGCUGAUCAACUUCAUAGUGGAGAUCAAUUGAAUUCAAACCAGGCAGAUAAGGAUUCAAAGGAUACUAAUGUUUGAUCCAGAUCAAUUUUUCUUUUUGCAACUAGAAUAUGAGUACUCUGAAAAGACAGGCAGACAGCUACUGCUUCUGUUGAUUGUACCGAGGGCCAACUGCUGUAACAUUGUUAACGUGUCAAGAAAGUGUAGCAUACCGUAAAUUUGGCAUAUCAUCUUUUAUGAUCUACUA